AUGUUCAACUCAUUCGUCUCUAAGGUUGAACCCAAAACCUUCAACACAACUCUUGAUCAUUCUGAUUGGGUGCAAGCGAUGCAAAACGAACUCAAUGAGUUUGAGCGAAACAAGGUCUGGAGAUUAAUACCAACUCCACCAGAUGCAUCGGUUGUUGGUUUAAAAUGGGUAUUUUGCAAUAAGGUGGAUAAAGAAGGCAAUGUGAUAAGGAAUAAGGCAAAACUAGUAGUCAAGGGAUACUGCCAGGAAGAAGGAAUCGACAAUGAAGAAACCUUCACUCCAGUAGCAAGGUUAGAAUCUAUCCGUAUUUUUUUUGGCUUAUGCAGCACACAAGAAUUUUGA